AUGGAGACCUCCACCUAUGAUACAUGCCUUCUUCAUUGCCGCAAUCCGGAGCAAGGAUUUAGUAUUAUCGGCAUACAAACUGAUGACACUCUUAUUGCUGCCAAUAAAGCCUUUGCUGGACACGAGGAAGAGCAAAUACAGCGUGUGAAUAUCCUUUGCAAGCCCCACGAACUGCUCACAAGUGAAAAGCCACUACAAUUCAAUGGUGCAAUUAUUACAGAGACUGCCCAGGGUAUUACUCUUACCCAGGAACGCACCUAUAAGAAUAUACGACUCGUACAAGAACAACAUGCGGAUAUAAUCAGCUCCCGUGGCAAGGUUCGCAAAAACGCAUCUCCGCAUGAGCAAGAGGAUAUAAAGGCACUCAAUAAGCGACUCCAAUGGCAGAUUGACAACUCCACCCGCGGGCUACAGUUCGUCAAGAUCGACCUACGGACUGCAAAACUGUACGUAUUCGUUGAUGCUUUGUUUGCCAACAACAAGGACUCCUCUUCACAAAUUGGCCACGUUAUUGUACUCGCCGACGCACAAAAUAACGCGAAUAUCGUACAUUGGUCUUCCACCAAGUGCAAGAGGAUCACCCGAAGCGUACUUGCUUCGGAGAUGUACGGUAUGGCCAAUGGAUUUAAUGCGGCCGCAGCAAUCAAAUUAACCCUCACACAAUUGCUGCAUCUCACGGAGCCGCUCCCGCUAGUCCUUUGCACCAAUUCAAAGAGUCUCUACGAAUGCCUUGUCAAGCUCGGUACGACCUGGGAAAAACAUCUCAUGAUUGACCUCAUAUGCCUCCGUCAAUCAUACAAACGACAGGAAAUCACGGAAGUGAGAUGGAUUAAUGGCAACAGCAAUCUGGCAGAUGCCAUGACCAAGAGUAAGCCCUGUCGCGCUUUACAAGAGCUUAUUGAUAUAAACAAGCUCUGUAUUGACGUUAAUGGCUGGGUUGAGAGGCCAUCACCGAACCGCAACCCCGAACCAAAGGCUGUACAGUUUGCUACACCAUUGGAAUCUCCAAAACAGUAG